AUCUUGCAUGAUAUGCCAUUCCCCACUAAUUUGCAAUACAAGAGCAGAGAAAAAACUGCAGCAGAAGAAAUGGGCUUUCAAAUUUCAGCAAGUAGAUAAUUCUAUUUCACAUUGAACAUUUUUUCUUUAGAGUAAUUUUCAGAAAACUUUAACUAUGACAUUUUAUGUUUUUUUGAUUCUGUAUCGUGCCCCUGUAACAAAUUACUCGGUUGGUUUUUGUGGGGUUUUUUGCAAAGCUCACUGCAGAAAAUUCACAGACAAAGGUUUACCAUACCUGGACUCUUGCAAAGGCUGUCACAAGAUCAUCUGAUUGGAAAUUCCAGGUUGAAUUCAGGUUUGUAAUUAUGUCUUCACAAAUACUGCCGAUGGCUGCACUUUGAUUCAGGACUUGCUAAUCAGCAAAAUGUUAACUCUUACAGACAGAUGUAUUUAAGCUCUGGUUGAAAAAUGUCAACAGGUAGUGUCUGUUGUCUUUCUUGACUCUCCAAAUCUUUCUGACACAACUUUUAAAGCCCUUGCAGAAUGUAAACUUUUGAAGGUCAGCAUUGAAGGUUAGAAUAACCAAAAUGCUGAUUCAAGUUUCAAGCUGAUGAGUAAAUGCUGCCCAUACUUAAGGCACAUUCAUGUGGCUGAUUGCCAGGAGAUUACAGAGGCUGGUGUUAAGAUGAUUUCACCACUGAAGCAUAUUCUUGUACUGAAUAUGGCAGCCUGCAGAAGGUACUAGAUCACAUCAGAUUUCUUAAGGCCAUUUGUACAAGGUUCUUCAGGAGCUAAGCUAAGAGAGCUGAGUGUUAGCUACAACAGAGGCACUGCUCUCCAUUGUGGUCUAGAAAACAAUUGCCAAUGA